GGUGUCGCCGUUGUCGCGUAGCAUUGUGGGACAGAUAUGGCGGUAGCUUUAGUGAUGCGGAUGGUGUCUCGUCAGAGCUCCCCCUUAUCUUGCCUUGGGCAAGUAAGGAGUCAUUAUGUGGACUGGAGAAUGUUACGUGAUGUUAAGAGAAGGAAGAUGGCCUAUGAAUAUGCAGAUCAAAGACUAUGUCUAAAUGCCCUCAGGAAAAACACUAUUUUGCCCAAGGAACUGCAGGAAGUGGCAGAUAAAGAGAUUGCUGCCCUGCCGCGGGACAGCUGCCCUGUGAGGAUCCGCAAUCGGUGUGUGUUAACCUCCCGGCCACGAGCUGUAGUGCGGCGCUGGAGGCUCAGCCGAAUAGUUUUCCGCCACCUAGCUGACCAUGCUCAACUCUCUGGGAUACAGAGAGCAAUGUGGUGAACCCUUGCCAAGGGUUUUCAUAACCAAGGGAAGAAAAGAACUGAGCCCCGUUCCAACUCUUUUAAGAUUUAUUGUACUGAAGGUCUUGAUAGGAGGGGUGGCACAAGGGGAAGCAAAGUGCUGUACAGAAGAUAAGCCUAGCUGGAGUUCGUCAAGCUGUGGGUUACCCCGCUGUUAGAUAUUUAAAAAAAACAAUUAAAAUAUACCCAGACUGACCAAA